UCAGCUGGCUGGGGAAAAUAGCGGCUCCUCAGUCGGGGUAGAAGGGGGAGCUUUCUUCUCGCGGAAAAGAGACGCUGCUGACUGAGAUGCGCGCGGCUCCGACGCAGCGGAGGUCGCGAGGCUGCUGGUGAAUUACAAUUGGCACGCGGAGCUACCAUGAAAGAAAGGCUUUUUUUCGCGUGCGACGAAUUUUCGCACCUUCUGCUAAUUGUAGCCUUCUAGCAGAAGGGGUUUCGUCUUUACGUCUGGCGUAGCAAUGUUUUUGCCCAGCUUGGUUUUGCUAAAAAAGGACCACGGAGACCUUCGAAGGCAUUGGUCAUGCUCUCUGUUCUGAACAGAUCUCAAGAAGCCUUUUGGAUGAGAGUAUUUGACUUUAGCCAUCUGAGCAGAGGUGCUGUGCCUCCCUUUUUGUCUCCCAUGAUCAAGACCUAACCCAUGUUUAUCUACUGCUAAUUUGGAAAAAAUGCUACUACCUCCACACCUCAAGACCACAGAUGGCUGCAAGGUAAGGGUGUGCCUGGGAGAGUGAGUUGUGUCCCCAAAGUUACGUUGCAUGGAGGUCAAAGGACAUUUGAUAACAUCCAUGGGUUUGGGGACUCCUGAUGUUCAAGGCUGCCAGGACAGCAAACUGCAGGCUGAGAGGAUUGUAGCUCUGCAGGAGAGAAAGCAGGCCCUGGAGGCGCUCCUCAAUGCCAGGGUGGGGGAGCUUAAACAAGUGUGUUUGCAGGAAGCAGAGCUGACUGGGAAGUUGCCACGUGCUUUCCCCCUGGAGGUCGGUGAGAAACCCCCACUGGUGCAGCGUAGAUCUGGCCUGGCGCCGAGCACCAAGGCAGAGGAUGACUCUGGCCAAAGAAAGCAGAUGAAGGCAAUCUUCACCGGCGCUCUAUGCAGACACUCAGAAUCAGACAGAAAUGGCCUAAAUAGCAAGAGGACAGUCCAUAGGGGGUGUCAUACAGAGGACACUGUGAUGUCAGAAAGUACCAGCUCUAUGUCAGAUUCAACAUCACAUGACAAUGAUUCUUCACCCAGCGUGGCUGCUGACCAACGCUCCCUGUCUCAGCCCCGGCUCACUGUUGGCAGCCCUGACCACAGAAUCAGUAGGAAGCUCUCUCCGGUGGAGAUCUACUAUGAAAUGAGGACACGUCGCAACUCGGUCACAAGCUCUGUGAGCCCAACUCACUCUUUACCCAGAAGUGCUUCUAAUGUUGAAGGUAGAAGUGUUCCAGCAACUCCCUUGUUGGCCCGAACUGCUCCAAUCAGUGUUCAUGUCAGGUCAGAAGCAUCAGGUAGCAAUGGGUUAAAGCAGUGGUCUGGCAGUCUGGAUGUGCCAUAUAUGAUUCCACUUGCUCAGGAGGGCUCUUCUUCUGAUCGUCGAAGCUGCCCUUAUAGCUCCAGAGCAAGGCGCAGCAACAGCUCUGAGGCCCUCCUGGAUAGAUCCAGCCUGCCGGAUGAUCCUGGACCUAGAAAUGGUAUGCCUCAGAGGGGGGGGCCAUACAAGAGCUCAGAGACCCUAACUGAUGGCAAACUGCGACAAAUUCAACUAGCUAGCCCUGAGAGUCAAGCUGAUGGCUCCAUUGAUCAGGGUAAAUUGCGUCUGUCAGUGGGUGGCAGAGCAGCCAGCGGAGGCUACAAUGAACUACUGAUGGACUAUAUCUGGGGUAAACAGCAGAGGAUGCAGGUGCAGCACCAAUUAUACCAGUCCACAGGGAGAAUUUGGCAAGACAUGUCCUCUCCUCGUUCCUCCACUGCUGCAGUGCCUCCACAUGCAAAUGGAUUUUCCCAUUCCCAGGUCAACCUUCCCAGUGCUGCAAGUCCUUACAGUCCUAUGGUCCUCAGAGGACCCCAAGCUGAGCUCCGUAGGGUCAAAGUCACCAGGACCAAAUCUUGUGGGCCUUUUAUUCCUUUGCAGCAACAUUCCCCAGAUGGCAUUUUGCUAACAGCAUAUGAGUCCCCUCUUCCUGCCACUGGCAGUGCCACAUCCUCCAUUCCGAAUCUUCUCCCGUAUCAGACUGAGCUUUCUGGGCCCUCCUUUGGCCGUAGGCCCCCGCAGUUUUCUCUUCCCACUCCAGAAGAUUCAACAAGAAGCCUACAUAAAGCUCUUGCCCUGGAAGGACUGAGGGACUGGUACUUAAGGAACGCAUUUGGCUACCCUCCUACUGCCUCAAAGGGCCAUGAAGCAGGCAUCUCUCGGCUCUCACACCCCCAUCCUCUGGUGCACCAGGCCCAGUCCCUUCAAGGGGAACCAGCCAACCUCCAAAGGUCUCAAAUACCCCAGUCAGCAAGCUUCCAUGGUCACCCCUUGCAUGGACGGUCAAUGGAGUUUUCUCUAUUUCAGGAGACACCAGAUCCACAAAAGCAAGAGGCAACCCCAAAGGAACCGAGUGCAGACCCAGGUACCCUGGUCUGAAGCAGCAGAAUGCACUUGGCCUGAAAGCCAGACAUGAUGCAAUGUAUCAGCGGAAACACUGUAGCCUCAUCUACAAUUGGUAAAGUUACAAGUGGAUACUAUGUGACCUCAAUAACAAAGCAAAACAUGGCAACCUCAGCAGAUUGAGACUGAAGUGUAGCUGUACAGUUAAAAAAAAUCUUUCCUGUGUUUGUCUGAUUCCAACAGUAUAAACAUCCAACCCAGUGUUUCUGUAUGAAUGUGCACUGGUGCUGACUUGUUGAACAUCUAAUAUCAGUAAAUAAAAUGAUCAUUUACAAAUAUGUCUGGUCCUAAUAACCCUGAAGUCUCCCAAGAUAUACUUUUUUAAAGAAUAUAUACAUCUCUAAAUAACUAUUUUGUAUAUUCUGAUAUAAAAAGCUAUAUUAAAGAGGGUAAUUUAUUGCUUCUCAGACAUGUGAUAAACAGUAGUUUUGAUCUCCUUCCAUUUGAAUAGAAUAGUUACAUGAACUUGCUUUUCUAAUCUAUAAAAUGGUAAAAACACGCCUCACUGUUCAGCUACCAUUCUUUCCCCAGCAUUUGUUUUUUUCAACAUUUUACAAAAAUGAAUGAGACUAUGAAAUGUAGUGAGAUGAUGUUUAGGCAGAAGUGCCAAGAUGUUUACAAACAAUGCCUUGCAAAGGUGUUCAUGGCAGAUGACCAUUUUCACUUUUUGUCACAUUACAACCAACAUCAGAAAAAUGAGAUUUUAUUUGACUGACCGAAACGAAGUGGUGGAAAACUGUGAACCCCCCCACCAAACACCACAUUAGUGGAAACAGGGCUCACCUGUGUGUAAUUUAAUCUCAGUGGUUGUUCUGUGAAAGCCUCAAUCAUGGUAGCAUCGUGCUGUGGGGACAUGUUUCUUCAGCAGUGACAGAAGCUGGUCAGAGUUGAUGGGAGGAGGGAUGGAGCUGGAUACAGGACAAUACUGGAGAAAGAACUUGUUAGAGGCUGCAAGAGAUAUGAGACUGGGCCAUUGCUUUAACUUCCAGCGGGACAGCGACUCUAUACAAACCCCUACAGCUUCAAUGAGAUGGUUUACGUCAAAGACUACUAAUGUGUUAAAUUGACCCAGUCAAGAUUUGUAGCUGUUAUUGCAGUGAAAGGUGGACUUAGGGGAGCCAAAAACAAAAUUUUAUCUGUAAAACAUAGAAAAUCACGUAUGAUUUUCCUUAUACUUCAGGUAUGCACUACGUUCUGAUGGUCUAUCUCUUUAAAAUCCCAAAUAAAACACGUUGGAGUUUGUGCAAAAUGUUCAGGGAGCAUCAAUACUUUUACAUGGUACAGUAAAAUGAACGGGGUCAAGAAAUGUAGCGUUACGGUGAUCAGGCAAAGGUGCCAAAAUGUUCAAAUGUUUUAGCUGACACUGGUAGAAAACAUAUGUGCUAACAAUAAUCCUCUGUGAGUUCAGUAUAAUGAAAGUUUACGAUGUCACUUAAUUAGAGUUGUUAGACUGAUGUUGUGUUGUGAUUGUCUUGAUUCUAGAUACAAAUGAGUGCUGGGAAUUAAAUAUAGCCUGUUUAGACCUCAACAGACUAGUUCAACCAGUAAAUAAACCCUUUGGGCUGGAGUGGAACCUGUUGUAUGCUUGUAGCAUAUGACUUUAGGACAACCAAUAAACUACAAGCUGGAUUUGAGUGUCAUGCAGAGCACUUUAUAAACAUCUUAAGCCUUAAUUCCUAAUGAAAUAGUCACCAAGAGAGAUGACAGGCAGUAGUAACAGGGUUUGCUAUCAGGAAAGUUAAAGAUACUCUUCAACAUCUGCUGAAGGUCUGGGUGUUAGUCUGUAAAUAGUGAGGAUGGUACUUAUGAGUUUAACACUGACAUUUUAUUCCCAAGUAAUCUCAUAACACUAUAGUAUAAAAUAACCUCACCACACCUUCUACCCCAAGUGAACAUUAUUGGUUGUGUGAGCAGGGCUGCUGCAGUGUUCAGUGAAGGUGUGAGCAGGUCUCAUGCCAUUCAGUCUUUGAAAAUAGAAGUAAUACUGGUAUUUGUAGGGACUUUCAUUCAUGUGCUUGGGGUAUUUUGGUUUAAAAAAAAAAAAAAAGAAUAAAUUUUACAUGAUUUCUACUAUAUGGUGCAUCAUUAUUCAUUUUAUAAUCAGACUUGGUAGCAUUUAGAGAAGCCAUGGAGGCAUCAAUAAAACAAAACAAUUGUUUGGUGUAACAUUUUUUAUUUAUGUCUUUUGUCAGUUUAUAUACUUGAAGCAUUGCCAUUGUAGAACUAAUUUGAAUGUGAUUAUUUAAGUCUGUGAUUCUAUUUUUACACUGAGUUACAAAGUGUAGCAGAAUGUGGAAUGUCAUCUUUUCAGCUUCACAGAUCUUCUCCCAGCUCAUUAAAACCUGAAAUCAAAGACCAAACUGCUGUGCACUGGGGGUCAGAAAGGUAUUUUUCAUAUUAUGUACUCUGUAAAUAUAAAAUAAAUGCUAAGGCAAAUGUAUUCAAACUAUAUUAUAUUUAUGAACCUAUAACAUUUUGUAGCCAUCUACUGUAGCUAUCGGUGCUGGAAUUGCCAGUGUGUGUUUAAACCGUGUUAUCCAGCAGUGUGAUGUGUUGAUAUAUGAUUUAUGAUAUAAUUUUCUUCUUUUUCUUCAGGAUAUAUAAAUGCACCUGUUUUAUCUUUCUCUUGUCUCAUUAUAAUCAGGCCUGUGAAAUUUGACUUAACAGACCUGCUCUCUGCUGUAUGUAUAAGAUUUUGCAUUUGUUCUACUAAAUAAAGUGUCAUGUUGAAACUAC